AUGGGGAGGAAGACUGUCUACACGAAGAUUACGCCGCUUCCUUCGAACGUACCGCGACAGCUCGCAAUUGAUAUGCUUCAUUCGCACGAGGAAGUCAUCAAGCUGAACCCUUUGGUGACGGGCGCCAAAUCCAUUGAAGCUCCACGCGACGCAGCAACAGACGAGUUCUACUCGCAGUGGUAUGAGAUAACGGAGAUCAUCACAUGGGCCUUUGGUUUGAAGAAGAAGAUAGCGUUCAGGGGUGUGUUUCACGACCUACCCGGAGGCAUGCAGUCUCAUGUAUAUGCGCCUAUGGGUGUAGACUUGCGGAACAAGUACAGGAUAGGCGGAAACCAGCCUGGCGAGCCAAGGGAAGCUCGGGAGCUAGGCGUGGACACACCACUCGACGGCCUGUAUCUUCGAGAAGACGUCGAAAUCAUGUGUAAUGCCGCGCUUCUUGGAUUCGUGAAGAAGGAAACGAAGGCGGCAACCGGAACCAUGAUUGAUCGACUUGCACGGAAAGCUGAACUGCUGGAUGAGGGCAAAUUGCAUGCAAUGUUCGAGAACGGGAAGCUUAAAACAGCGAGGCCAAGC